AUGGGAAACAAGCGAUUAGAUCAUAUCCGAAAAGACGCCUUAGAGUCAGCCCCUUAUUUGGGGAGUGAUGAGGAUUCUUCUACUAUGAAAGAUGCAUCUUCUUUAUCCACAAUAGACUCACAGCCGGAGGUCAAGCCCUGGGUUCACUUCGUUGCUGGCGGCGCGGGAGGGAUGGCUGGUGCCAUUGUAACAUGUCCCUUCGACGUGGUCAAAACUAGACUGCAAAGUGACGUUUUCCAAAGUGCCUAUAAGUCUUCCGCUACUGGUGAUGCGAACGGAGCCUCGAACUAUAUUAAAACCGGGGCUAGACACUUUAAAGAAACGUUCGGAAUCCUUUCAGAUGUCUACAAGCUAGAAGGCUUUCGAAGUCUCUUCAAGGGACUGGGACCCAACCUUGUGGGAGUCAUCCCCGCAAGAAGCAUCAAUUUCUUCACCUAUGGAACUACAAAACAGAUAUAUUCCAAGGCCUUCAAUGAUGGCCAAGAGGCACCCUGGAUUCACCUCAUUUCUGCUGCAACUGCUGGAUGGGCUACUUCCACGGCUACAAACCCCAUAUGGCUUAUCAAAACCCGACUUCAGCUAGACAAGGCAGGCAAAACCAAGCAAUAUCAGAGCUCCUGGGAUUGCCUCAAACAUAUUUUGCGCCACGAGGGCUUCCUUGGUCUCUAUAAAGGGCUAAGUGCGUCUUACUUGGGAUCUGUGGAAGGUAUUUUACAAUGGUUGUUGUACGAACAGAUGAAGCAUGUUAUUAAGAUGCGUUCCAUCGAAAAAUUCGGAAACAUAAGCGAGGGUGAGAAAAGUGGUACUGAGCAAUUCAAAGAAUGGUGUCAGAGGUCAGGCAGUGCUGGCCUUGCCAAGUUUCUGGCAAGCAUUGUCACCUACCCGCACGAAGUGGUGCGAACGAGAUUGAGACAGGCACCACUGCAAGACGGAAAACCCAAAUACACUGGCCUUAUUCAAACGUUCCGGGUGAUCAUAAAAGAAGAGGGUUUAGCCUCAAUGUAUGGCGGGCUUACACCUCAUCUUCUUCGAACGGUUCCCAAUAGUAUCAUCAUGUUUGGUACCUGGGAAUUGGUUAUAAAGCUGCUGUCAAACGUCUGA